CUUGCUGACCAGGCGAAACCAGACUGCGCGGUGUUGCGUGUCGCGGAAGAGGCGGCGGCAGCGCGCGUGCAGGAGCUGGUGGACGAAGACGCAAGCGCCGAGGAGGAGGCGGCGCAGGCGCGUGCGGCGGUGCUGAAGCGGUACCCCAUGUGCGCACGCGACGUGACGGAGGCGGUGGGCAAGGACGCCAUGUUCGCGUCACUGGCUGCGCGCCACGCGGGUCUGCUGUCAGACCCUGCAGCCAACAGAGAACCGCUGGCUGACGUGGAAGAUCUCAUGCGCCAGCGCGGUGUGGAAGUGGAGACCGGGCGCCGGCAGCAACGCCGACGCCGCCCUGCCAACCCUCCACGCCUGCUGGACAUGAAUGACGUGGCGCUGGAGAGCGGCGAGCUGGACGACUACCACAGCCGCCGCCACCGCCAUCGCCGCGUCCGCAUCCUGGACGUGCAGGAGGUACCGACUGACAUUGCCGGCGAGGUGCACGAGCAGCAGGACGAGGCGAAGCUGCCGCCCAGGUCACGCCACGCUGCAGCGCUGCGCCACAGCGACCCGUACUACCAAGAGCUGGUGGCGCUGCGCGCCUCGCUGGUGAGGGAGGACGAGGCCGUCAACGCUGACAGCAUUCGGUGUGUGGAAGAGCAGAUGAAGGACCGCGUGGCGCAGCUGAACAGCGACGCGGCGCGAGCGCGUGCGGCGGAGAUGCGCGCGGAGGCGGCGCUGGAGGCACGCUACCCGUUCCUCGGCCCCACCAUGGCGGGCGAGAUGCUCGCGGCGGCACGCGUGGAGGACGACGCCGUGUUCGUGGGUCUGGCGACCGAGCACGCGUCGCUCAAGGCGACGCCGACGACGCCGCGGCAGGUGCUGGCAUGUGUGGAGCAGGGGAUGCGUGCGCGCGCGAGCGAGCUGGUGGCGGAGCAGGCGCGCGACGAGGAGGCGCUGCGCGAGAGGCUGCCGUUUGUGGGGGCGCUGCCUGGGGGCGUUACGCUGCGCGAGCUGGACAUGGCCAACGACCCGGACGUGAAGCCGUUGCUGGCGCAGCUGGAGGAGCUGGUCAAGGACCACCCGGCGGCGGCGAAGGGGCCGGAGGCGUGGCGACUGAAGAAGGCGAUCGGCGAGCUGGCGCGCCGUGCUGCGGAGGACGAGGCCGAGCGCACGCGCCAUGGCCUCGUGGACGCGGAGGGGGUGCACGAGCGCUUCCCGUUUCUGCCGGAGGAGCCGGUGCCGGGUGUGUCGCUAGCGGAGGCGGGCGUGAUGGACGACCCCGAGUUCCGCACGCUGGCGAACGCGCUGGUGGGCCUGCGCAGGGAUGCGUCUGCUGAGGAGACUGCUAAAGUCGUUUAUCAGCACAGCGUGGCCGAGGUGGCAAUGCGUCUGGCUAGCGCGAAGCUGCGCGCGACGGAGGAGGCGCAGGCGCACUACCCGUUCCUGUCGAAGCGCGUCGCGGGCGUGCCGCUGAGCGAGCUGCCGCUGGCGCAGGACGAGCUGUUCCAGGCGCUGGUGGCGCAGCGCGCGCCGCUCGUGGGGAGUCCGCGCACAAACGCGGCACGGCUGCACGCGGUGGAGGCACGCGCCCAGGACCGUGCGCGCGAGCUCGCGGAUGCCAAGAGCAAGCUGGACGGCCUGCGCAAUGCUGCAGAUGACGAGGUGCGGGCGCGCAACCCGUUCCUGCCGCACAGCGACGUGCGCGGCGUGCCGCUGCGCGAGCUGGGCCUGUCGCGGGACCCCGAGUACGCGCGGCUGAUGGACCGCCGCCUGAAGCUGAAGGAGCGGCCGGUGGAGAAUGCGGCGGAGCUGACUGCGGUGGAGGCGCGCCUGAAGGAGCGCGCUACGGAGGUGGCGGAGGCAAAGCUCGUGGCGGAGACGGAGCUGCGAGCCAAGUACCCGACUGUGGCGACGGCACCCGGGGCGGCGAUGCUGUCGUCGUUGGAGCUGACGCUGGACCCGCGGCUGGCGCAGCUCGAGCAGCAGUGCGUGGCGCUUGCUGACCAGGCGAAACCAGACUGCGCGGUGUUGCGUGUCGCGGAAGAGGCGGCGGCAGCGCGCGUGCAGGAGCUGGUGGAUGAAGAUGCAAGCGCCGAGGAGGAGGCGGCGCAGGCGCGUGCGGCGGUG